AUUGAAACUAGCUGUGGCUAUAAGGGGCAGCUGGCCCCAGAGGCAGCUGCAGUCAGAAGACACGCCUGGCCCCAGGAUGGCACAGAAACUUAGCAGCACCCCAGCCAGGGAGCUGGACCAGUUCAUAAAGGACAACCUCCUUCCCAACACCAGCUUCUGUGAUGAGGUCAGAGCAGCCAUGGACAUCAUGUGUAAAAACCUGAAGGAGAGAUGCUUCGGAGACGCCAGCCACGAUGUGAGGGUCUCCAAGGUGGUGAAGGGCGGCUCCUUGGGCAAAGGCACCAAUCUCAAUGGCAGGUCGGAUGCUGAGCUGGUCGUCUUUGUUAACAACCUCAGCAGUUUUGAGGAUCACUUAAAGAGAUGGGCAGAAUUCAUCCAGGAAAUUAAGAAACAGUUGCGCAAGUUACAGCGUGAGAAUAGAAUUCAACUGGAGUUUAUCAUUAAGAGUGAACAAUGGCCCAACUCCCUGGCACACAACUUCAGGCUGAGGUCCCCUGACCUGGAUCAGGAGAUGGAGUGUGAUGUUCUGCUCGCUUGUGAUGUGCUGGGUGAUGUCAGUACCAACAAGAGGUCUAAGCUCCCUAUGUACAAAAAGUUAAUCGCGACUUGCACCUUGCUGGGGCUGGAGGGCGAGUUCUCCACCUGCUUUACUGAGCUCCAGCAAAACUUCCUGAAGGAUCGUCCAGACAAGCUAAUGAAUCUCAUCCGCCUGGUCAAGCACUGGUACCAGCUGUGUGAGGAGAAGCUGGGGAGGCCGCUGCCCCCCCAGUAUGCCCUGGAACUGCUCACAGUCUAUGCCUGGGAACGAGGGAGUGGAGCCCCUGAGUUCAACACAGCCCAGGGCUUCCGGACAGUCUUGCAACUGGUCACAAACUACAGGCCGCUUCGAAUCUACUGGACAGUGUAUUAUGACUUUCAAGACCAAGACAUCUCUGACUACCUGCACAGUCAGCUCAGAAGAGCCAGGCCUGUGAUCCUGGACCCUGCUGACCCAACAAGGAAUGUGGCUGGUGGAAACCCAUUGGGCUGGUGGCUGCUGGCACAAGAAGCUGUGGCCUGGCUGAAGUACUCAUGUUUUAGUAAUUGUGAUAAGUCCACAGUGUGCUCCUGGAAGGUGCCGACUGAAGUUCCUGUGCCGAUGUAACAGACACCCUUCCUGAAAGCCUGCUUCAUCUGCCUUAGCCUGCUUCAUCUGCCUUAUCCUCUGACGUGUUCUCUGGGAGACAAGAGAUUCAGAAGGGGAGAGAAGAUCUCCAGCUUGACUUCUGUCUUUGCAUCAUUAGAAGGUUCUGUCCUAUGUCUGAUCAACAACAAUAAACAACAGCAGAUCCAUGA